UCCGUCCCUCCACAAGUUCAUCCAGCGCACUGGUGUGUCAGAGGGGCAAGAGGGAUGGCUCCACAGAAAGCAUAUAUGAACCAGCCUACAGCCAAACACUGAAGGAAGUCCUACCCAAGUACCAGUGCAGCCCUGCUCUCCUGAGGUGUAAGCCUGAGUGGGGCGGCUCAGAUCCAUCCAUCAGUUCUGUCCAACCUCAGGAUGCAAUCAAAUUAAAAAGGAACAGUAAAAGAUCAUGUGUACCCACAUCACCUUUGGACAAUGAAACAUUAGAAAAAGACAUCAGUCAUGCCUGCUGGAUGUCAUCUGGUGACAACAAGGACUUAUCUCGUCAAAAGAAAGUCCAGAACAGAAAGAUCUGUAUAGCUCCCUGUCAGAGCAGCAUGCUGACAAGAGACAACAGAGUGAAGGAGCUGAACUCGGAGAGGACACAGACAGAUCUACCAGCUCAGAGCAGUGAAACUGCAGCUGACACAACAGAAUCAAGACACACCAAAAGAAGACUAAAGAAGUUCCAGAGUCUGGUGCAAGCAAAGAAGGGACAUCAGAGUGGAGAUGGAAAAGGGAAGAACCCAUCCGAGAAUAAAGAUCAUUUGGAAGAUGUAAUGAGUAACAACAACCCAGUGCUAACCUGCAUCGGCCUGGGGAAGAGAAGAGAGAAGCCCUCUAAAACUGUUCCAUCACCACAGCGGCAACAGGCCAAAGACCACGAGGAUUCAGAGGAGGAAGGCAUUUGGUGCCCAAGGUUUGGAAAUCAUCUGUGGAGCCCAUUUGAGUGUCCACAGCCCUGGGCUCCCUUCUACCACACCUGCCACCAACCUCGCCAUGAGCUAUGGGUCUGCGGUGGCACCUUGUCACUGCCUCGGACCACAGAAUGGGACCGUUUCGAGAGUUUGAUACAGGAGCUGGACAACAAACAGUCUAAUCUGCCACCCCCACAAAUGAUCCGCUCCAUCACUGAUCUGCACCUCUCACAAAACACAUUGACCAGAUUUGGGAGAUUUGACGCCUUCAAACAGCACUCGCCUUUAAUGAAGCCACAGGAUAAUGGAAGCUGUCUGCAGGAGCAGAAUGGUGAUCAAAUCAAGUCGAGGCUCCAGGGAAAGCAAACGGACACCCCACCACAGAGUGACAGGAGGCAGGGCAAGGCCUCACCAAAGAGAGCUCUGACAGUCAGCAUCAAUGGGGGCACACAGAAGAAUGAAGCAUCGAAGAGGGAGGCUGGAGUUGGGCGACCAUUCACUAAAGGACACAGGCAGUGCAGUAACUCUCUGGAAAGUCUCUACAGCCUCAACAGCGGACAAAGCUCCUCAAGUGGAGUCACCAGUGGGUCAGACAGCUCCAGUAACAGAGGCAGUCUGAGGCUGGAGGACGAUCUAUUGUACACCAGACAGUUCUGUGGCAGAGCUAGAGUCCAUACAGACUAUGUGCCAAGUCCAUAUGAUACAGAAUCCCUUAAACUCCAGGUGGGAGAUGUGAUUGACAUCAUUGCUAAACCCCCCAUGGGAAUAUGGACAGGCAUGCUGAAUGGCAGAAUUGGAAAUUUCAAGUUCAUUUAUGUGGAUGUGCUAACAGAGGAGAGUGCUGGGACACACGAGGAAACAAAAACCCACAAAGUGAGACACAAAUCAGCCAUACAGGAAGUGUUAAAGCGCCUCAGUUUGGAGGAGUAUUCCACGUCUCUGCAGCUGAAUGGUUACCAAACAGUAGAUGACUUGAUGAGGCUGAAGGAGCAUCACCUGAUGGAGCUGAAUGUGACUGAUCCAGAGCACAGGCAUCGCCUGCUCGCCGCUGUCGACUCCCUGCAGCAACUGCGCUGUGAUCAGUUGGAGAAUGAGGCCAGCCAGGAGGCCGAGGCCCCUGGCAAAAACAUGAAGGCUGAUAUGAGCAACUGCUCAAGAGACUCCGGCUGCCCCGACAACAGUACAGACGACACAGACCUUCACUUUCCCUCUGAACAGCCUCUACCAGCUGAGAUGACAGCUUCGUGA